CCCGAGCUCUCUAGCGUUCGAGAGACAAGCCCGCCACAGCACCGCCGCUACUAGAAACAAGCAAGCCACCGUGACCUGCUCCUGCUCGGCUCCUCCCCACACACGGGCGGAUUGGGUUCAACCCAUCAUCGAUCGAUCAAACCGUUCAAACGAGACAGUCCCGUGCCACAUAGUAACUAGCGACAUGGCUUUCACGAUCAAGAUCAAAGCUGCGUUGACCUCCAACUCGACAUUUUCCCCGGCAGUUCACCAGUCAUCGUCACUCACGACGCCGGCGGCGUCGGUUGUGAAGAUGCCAGCUGGGCGGAGGAAGGCUGCGGUGAUCAUCAGGGCGGUCGCCGCGGUGGCUCCGCCGCCUGCCCCGACGCCGGCCAAACCAGCGGGCAAGCGGUGCCUGUUGGUGUCGCAGACCAUGUCCAGGCUCAAGGCGCAGCGCAAGACGGCGUUCAUCCCGUACAUCACCGCUGGCGACCCCGACCUGGCCACGACGGCGGAGGCGUUGCGGCUCCUGGACGCCUGCGCCGCCGAUGUCAUCGAGCUUGGCAUGCCCUUCUCCGACCCUUACGCUGAUGGGCCUGUCAUCCAGGCAUCAGCGGCGCGGGCGCUGGCGAGUGGCACGACGACGGACAGUGUGCUGGCGAUGCUCAAGGAGGUGACGCCGGAGCUGUCGUGCCCGGUGGUACUCUUCUCCUACUUCAACCCCAUCGUCCGGCGGGGGCUGGCCGACUUCGCCGCCGCCGCCAAAGAAGCCGGUGUAGACGGUCUGAUAGUCCCCGACCUCGCUUAUGAUUCCACGUGUUCCCUCAGGAGUGAAGCCAUAAAGAACAACCUCGAGCUGGUGCUACUCACAACACCAGCUACGCCUGAAGAGAGGACGAAGGAAAUCACAAGAGCUUCAGAAGGUUUUGUUUACCUUGUGAGCGUCAAUGGAGUUACAGGUCCCCGUGCAAAUGUGAGCACACGUGUCCAAUCUCUUAUUCAAGAUGAUAAAAAGGUCACUAACAAACCUGUUGCUGUUGGAUUUGGCAUAUCAAAACCUGAGCACGUAAAGCAGAUUGCGGAGUGGGGUGCUGAUGGGGUGAUAAUUGGCAGUGCAAUGGUGAGACAGUUGGGCGAGGCAACAUCUCCGCAAGAAGGGUUGAAACGGCUAGAGGAUUACGCCCGGAGCAUGAAGAACGCAUUGCCAUGAAGCAAGAUUAGUACUAUAAGAUCAACUGUAGCUGCCUUCAAUUAGCUUCCUCUCGGUUGUCGUUAGGCAGGCGUCACUACUAGAAAAGGAGCUUUUAAUUUCCUUUGUUUGCAUGCAUAUAUGUUUCUUUAGUUAGGGUACGGUAGCAACCGUUUGUGCCUCCUAUAUAUCUCUAUCUCUAUGUCUAUUUCUACUAUUUCUAAAGCAAGCAACGUUUUCUUGGU